UCACUUCCGGUAGAUGAGGUCAACGUUUCCCCUGAUCCGCCAUUUCAGUCCCGGACUUUCUUGUUGCACAUUAGUUUUCAAACAAUUCUGUGAUUUAAACGUUUUCACCCGAAUUGAAUCCGCGUUCGAGCCUCAACGUCAAUUCGGUCCGCGCCAACGCCUCGAUGCUAUUUAGCGGAAGUUGCUAACGCGUUAGCAUCGUUUCCCCGGGCGGGCUGCGCUAGUCGAACCCAAAGUUUUGUGUAUGAGUCGCGGGUAGACAGAGGCCUGAAGCCUCGGACGGGAUUUCGCAGCCAUGGCCGGAAAUUUUGACGCAGAAGACCGAGGGAGCUGGUACUGGGGGAGGCUGAGCCGCCAGGAAGGGGUGUCCCUCCUCCAGGGGCAGCGGCACGGGGUGUUCCUGGUGCGGGACUCGAUCACCAGCCCCGGGGACUACGUGCUGUCCGUGUCGGAGAACUCCAAAGUGUCCCAUUAUAUCAUCAACAGCAUCAGCAACAACCGACAGUCCGGCACAGGUUUGGCUCCUCCUCGGUUUCGGAUCGGAGAUCAGGAGUUCGAGGCGCUGCCGACCCUGCUGGAGUUUUAUAAGAUCCACUAUCUGGACACCACUACACUCAUAGAGCCCAUCAGCAAGGCCAAGCACACGGGCUUCGUCCCCUCUGUGGGUGUCCCAGUGCAGCCGGACGAGGCCGAGUUUGUCCGGGCACUGUUUGACUUCCCGGGCAAUGAUGAUGAGGACCUCCCCUUCCGCAAGGGUGACAUUCUGCGUGUGCUGGAGAAGCCUGAGGAUCAAUGGUGGAAUGCCGCGAACCAGGAGGGCCGAGCCGGAAUGAUCCCCGUGCCCUACGUGGAGAAGUACCGGCCUGCCUCGCCCACCAAUGCCGGUCUGGGUCCCCCUUCUGCUGGGGCAGGACAGGGGGGGCAAAUUGCAGGGGUAGCAGCUAGCACAGACGGAACAGGGGCCUCGCCGCCCACCCCUUUGGGGGACCCAGGCCAGUACGCCCAGCCUGUAGUCAGCACUCAGCUUCCCAACCUACAGAAUGGGCCCGUGUUUGCUCGAGCCAUUCAGAAGAGGGUGCCCAACGCCUACGACAAGACAGCGCUCGCUCUUGAGGUGGGAGACAUGGUGAAAGUGACCAAGAUCAACGUGAACGGCCAGUGGGAGGGCGAGUGCAAGGGCAAACGAGGCCACUUCCCCUUCACCCACGUGCGCCUGUUGGAACAGCAGCAGCCCGAUGAGGAGAGCUGAGAAGCACACGCGCUCCCAUCACCUGCGCACCCCCCGUGUUCAGAAAGAUUUAUACAAGCACACAGUAUAUGAACUUACGAGUAAAACCAAUGAGGCGCUCCUGACCCUGCCAGCACAAAACGUGUGUGGGCUGAUGUUGCCUAAUGUCGUCUGUCACACUAAGAGUUUACACUAAGGUUAGGCUGAUAUCGGUUGGCCUAUAUUAGCUUCUUGUUUUAAUUCAACGUCACACAUCAGAUUUGUCUUCCUCCUCGACCGUGGCCACAAGUCUUCACAACCUGCAAUGAAACAUUUCCAGCAAGUAGAUGGUGACCGUUAUGGAUAUUUAUUGGUGUCAAAUAUAAAUUGAAAACACACAUGGGAAUUCUUUACCUCUGUCCUUCCACUACAGAGAGAGGUGUGUUUAGCCGAGUGUAGCUUCAUGGUGGUCCACAACUUCCAGUAACUUCAACGCAUUUUUGUUUUUUACUUUUUGUAUAAUUGUUGUUGAGAAGGCGUAGAGGUAAAACAUUGUUUUAAGGUUCACUCAAACCUAACCUGGUUGGUUAAUGAUGACUUUCAGUUUGGGUGUUUGGUCGAUACAGCACAAGGCUCUA